CGAAAUAGAGGAGCCAAUGAGCACGAGACGUUGAGUGACAGCUGUCCAAUAGACGCCCUCAGUGCUAGUACUGCUGGCGGCCUAAGAGCCGCCGAGGUCUGUGGAAUGUCAACUAUUCAACAUGGAGGCGGAGGUCGAUAAGCUGGAACUGAUGUUCCAGAAAGCUGACUCUGAUCUGGAUUACAUUCAGUACAGACUGGAAUAUGAAAUCAAGACCAAUCACCCUGAUUCAGCAGGCGAGAAAAAUCCAGUUACACUCUUAAAGGAAUUGUCAGCGAUAAAAUCUCGGUAUCAAACUUUGUGUGCACGCUUUAAACCAGUUGCUGUUGAACAGAAAGAGACUAAGAGCCGCAUCUGUGCUACUUUGAAUAAGACUAUGACUAUGAUACAAGAGCUACAAAAGCAGACAGACGUGGAGCUGGCACCACUGACUGAAGAAGAGAAAACUGCAGCAGACCACUUAAAAUCUCACAUGCCAGAUUUAUGAAGCAAUGGAAUUGCAGAGUGGAACUCUACUGGAGAAGAGAACAAUUCGAAACUUAGGAAGAUAUCUUUUAACACUUGAUGAGUAGAGGUGGGGGGCUGUGAAGGAGGAGGUUUGGCUUGAGACUAGACAGUAAAGCCUUUCAAAAAAGAGGAGACUAUACAAAGUGCAGAAGCCAGGAUCAGAUGUGCAUGUCUAUAGUCCAAGACUGGGGAGGUUGAGGCAAAGGACUGUUAGUUUGAGGAAAGUGAGAAGGUACCCCAGCAACAUAGCAAGACCAUGUCUCAAAGAAAAAGAAAGAAGGGCAUAUAUACUAUUAUAUAUAUGUAUAUUGAGUAUACAUACAUGUAAUCUUAUUUCAGACAACAAAUUCCCUUAAUACUAUUCUGUAUGUUUUCUUUUUAUUUGCCAGAGGGCCUGUGCACUGGGUGGGGGGAGGCAGUGUGUUGUGGGGGGAGCAUUUUUCUUCAGUUAUCUUCUAAAUAUUGCUGCUUCUCCUCAGUCCCCUUAAAAUUAUUCUCUAUGCCCUUAUCAAUGUAUUAUUUGUUCCUCAACGAAUAAUUUUUUUUUUAAUUUGCCAUAGUGCAGGUUUGCUUGCCAGAGACAGACAGAUAAAGUGAGAGUGCACC